AUGGGGGGAAAGCGAGAAAAUAACGAGCGGGGAGAGAAGGAGCGAAAAAUCCGGCAGCAAAGCUGCAAAGAAGCAAGAAACAGCAAAAGGAGAAAAGGAGCCAGACGGAGCGGGUACCGGCUGAAGUACAGCCGGCUGCGGCGGGCGGCCAAGGCGCUGGUGUUCGAGAACGCGGCGCUGUGCGACGAGGUCGCCCGGCUCGAGCGCAAGUUCCUGCGCGCCCGCGACGAGCGGCGCUUCCUGCUCGGCCGCCUGCUGCGGCUCCGCGCCCUGGCCGGCGCCGACGACCCGCCGGGGCUCCCCGCCGAGGCCCCGGGGCGCCGGCCCCGCCGCGCCGCCCGCCACGAGCCGCCCGCGCGGCCGGGGGCCGAGGGGGCGGACGGGACGAGGCCCCUCGGGGGCGCGGGGCCGGGCCGCCCGGCGCUGCCGCUGGCGCUGGGUCCGCUGACGGUCCACAGCCUGGGCGAGGUGCCGCCGGGCCCGCGCCAGGGAACGGCGUCGUCGGCGUCGGCCAUCUUCCCCGUGGGCUUCCGCAGCACCCGGCUCUUCGCCAGCGCCCGCCGCCCGGCGCGCCGGUGCCUCUACACGUGCCGCAUCGCCGACGGCGGCGCCGCCGGGCCCCGCUUCGAGAUCGUGGCCGAGGACGAGCCGGGCCGGGUGCUGGCGGGCCCCAGCCCCGACGCCUGCCACGCGCGGCUGGCCGAGGCCCUGGGGGCGGCCCGCGGGCGCCGCGGCGCCGGCGCCGACUUCUUCGGCCUCACGCACCCGGCCGUGCGCAGCCUCCUCCGCGCCGCCCGCGCCGGGGAGGAGGAGGAGGAGGACGACGACGAGGAGGACGAGCUGGAGGAGGAGGACGAGGACGAGGAGGAGGAGGAUGAAGACGAGGAGGACGAAGACGAGGAGGACGAGGACGAGGACGAGGAGGACGAGGCGGCCCCGGCCUUCGCCGCCGGCUGCUCCUACGGCGACGUCUUCCUCGGCCGCCCCACGGCGGCCGGCAGCCCCGCCGGCUCCGACGAGUGA